AAGUCGCACACAAGUGAUCGAAGCUUGAAUCUCGCGAGAGCUUUUUCUCGUUAGUUGAUUUGGUUCAUAACUCCUAACUAACUUAACUCCAUGUGAUCGUCAGCAGGGCCGAGUUCAAAUCGUGGCUGUCUCCGUUUUUGUUUUGUUUGCAGCUUUGGCUGACCUUUGGUUACCUUUAUAUUGCUGUCAGACUCGGUUGAGGGUUGAUUUAAUCAGGUGGAGGCUUAUUUUGUUCUCUAAGAAGGAAACAUGAACGCAAACGUCCGGAAAUUACUUUUUCUCUUUGGAAUAUUAUUGUUUUCGCCUCAAACAUCAGGUCAAACAUGCAGGAAAAGGUGUGGACAGCUAUCAGAGGAAUGCUCCUGCCAUGCAUCAUGCUUGUCUCUGCUGACCUGCUGCACAGACCACAACCAGUUCUGCCUCCAUGUGUCCCCCCACUCCAGCUCAAUGUUGGGUGGCAGAGCUCUGAGGAUCCUGGGUUCAGUUCUUGCUGCUGACACACUCCUUCUCUGCAGGUUCAAAGGUGAAGUAGAAGUAGAAGGGUUUAUUGAUGAACAGGGCCAUGCUUUCUGCAUAUCCCCUCUGUUAUAUGAGACGGGUUGGAUACCGUUGGACGUUUCUACAGAUGGAAGUAAUUUUGACAGGUCAGGAAAGUACCUGUCAGUCCAUCCCAGUAGAUCUGCUCCUGAAGUCACCCUGAUGAACACAACCCAGUGGCAGAAUUAUGGCACCCCGAACACAGCAGGACAGCUUCGGAUGACGUGGAACCGCUCUUUACUCAAAGCAGAGGAGGUCAAUGUGGAGCUGUGGGGUUACAGAGAGGUCAGCGGGAGCGCAGCAGAUGGAGCGUCUGCUCUGCAGGCUGAGAUGAGCUUCCUGUACUCCCUCAGCAGGAACCAUCCCAACACAGGAGACUUCAGCUUCACUCCUCCUGAGCUCAAAAGGAACUUUUCCGAGUGGGAGCUGGGGAAUAUCCGCAUCACAGCCGGCUCUAAGUCAGAGGGAGAAAGGAACGUGCAGGGACUCUGGAGCAGCGCUCACAUCCUGGCCUGGCACCUGGAGCAGGCUUCUUCAGCCUGGGCGCGAGACAGGUGUCUGCAGUGGGACGCUCUGGAGUCGAAGCUCCCCAACUUCCUGGACAAGCUCAUGGACUGUCCCUGCACUCUGGCACAAGCUCGGGCUGAUUCAGGACGAUUCCACACGGAUUACACGUGUGACAUCGAGAGAGGAAGUGUGUGCACGUAUCACCCCAGGAGUGUCCACUGCGUUCGAUCGGUUCAGGCCAGUCCCAGUGAUGGAUCAGGGCAGCAGUGCUGCUAUGACAGCGUUGGAGAUCUUGUUCUGACGUGGGACUCGGUUGGUGGCAGCACCCCAGACAGGGCUCACGACUGGGGGGCGCCUCCGUACAGGACGCCCCCUCGUAUUCCUGGGUAUUCCCACUGGCUGUAUGACGUGACCAGUUUCUUUUACUGCUGCCUGUGGUCCGACCUCUGCCACCUCUACCUCAACCGUCGACCUUCGAGUGGAUGUCGUAAUUACCGUCCGCCCAGAGCAGCUGCUGUCCUUGGGAGUCUCCACUUUAGGACCUUUGAUGGCCUCCGGUACACUUUCAGCGGCAGAGGAGAGUACGACCUGGUGCGUUCUCCACACCGAGCGCUGAGUGUUCAGGUCAGAGCGGAGCGGGUGAAACUUGAGAACGGAACUUUGGUCCGAGCCACACGGCUGGCAUCAGUGGCCAUGAGGGAGAACUCUUCUGAUGUCAUCGAGGUGCGACUUCAAGGCGAGCAUCUUCAGGUGCUGAGGAACAAAAGCAUUUUACCUUUUUCUGAGCAAAGCUGGAUGGAUCUGCAAGGUGUGUUUGUGUUUGUGCCCAGUCCUCAGAACGUGACUGUGAUGUUCUCCUCCGGAGCUGCCGUGGAGCUUCGUCUGGAUGAAGGAACCAUGACGUCCACCGUCUUGCUUCCGGCAGAGUUCUCCAACAAGACCCGGGGUCUGCUCGGCCAGAUGAACUCAAAUCCAUCUGAUGACCUCGUGACCCCUGCUGGAAACGUCGCCUCCUCAGCCAACGCCACACUGGAGGAAAUCUUUACUAUUGCAUCUGAAUGGAACAUUUCAAAGGCGUCUUCCCUUUUUACUUAUGACUCUCGGUACCUUUUGGACUCAUACUUCCUUCCACCGAGCCACGACUCGGCUUUUGUUCCUGCCUUUUCUCUGCCCGAGAAACCCGAUGACCCUCUGGUGGCCGACAUGUUGUCCGUGUGUUUGGGAGAAGGGGCUCAGCUCUGUAAACAUGAUACUCUCAUCACUCGGAGCCUUGCGGGGGGAAACGCCACACUGAGGGCCCUCCGAAGUCAUCGAGCUUUAAUGGAAGCCCUGGAGCCAGUGGCGUCAUGUGGCUGGCUUCCUGCUCCCAGGAACGGGAAGAAGAAUGGGACACGUUACCUGCAGGGGAGCACCCUGAGCUUCACCUGCAACGGCGGCUACGUGCUGUACGGGUCAACAGAGCGCACCUGUGAGGAGAAAAGGGCCUGGAGCGGACUGCAGACUCACUGUGUCACAGAUGAUGAUACUGGUUUCAUUCUUGGCGCUGUUGCUUCCCUCUCCACGUUAGUGGCCAUGGGAAUAAUGAUUAAGCUGCAAAUGAAGAAACAGAACAGAGUGAGUAAGGAGGAACCACAUGAGACGGUGACCCAAGCACAGACUUGCUAAACCCUGGAUUAUGAAGCAUCGAUACCUGUCCACAUUUACCUGAACAACGCUGGGUACUGGGAGCAGCCUUUCGACUUCUUCUCCUGCAGCAAAACUUCCUUCAAUCCUUCAAAAUAAGAGUCCAAAACAUGCACAGGUACCUGAAAACAUCUGAAGCUGAUAAAGUGGUUUAUUGUUGUUCUCUGGUGAAACCCGUGCUGUAGCCUGAAGGAAUUCUGAGAAAUUAUUUACAAGCUGUGAUCGACUCCAGACGCCAUUUACAGUCUCGUGUGGUAAAGAGCGUCUUUUUAACGCAAACAUGUUGUGAUGUAUGGAGUCGUAAAACAUAUGGUUAUCAUGGGCUUUUGCUCCAGAGCUGGUUCAUAAUAAUAACCUUGUUUAGUUCCCAUUUAGAUUUGAUUCUGUAGCUUUUUUCUCAUCGUUUUCGCUUUAAUCUCUAAACUGUUGAUAAAAUGUCACCGGGCUGAUGCAGCUCUCACGGCUAAGUCUUAAACCUUUUUGCUUUUUAAGUCUCUUUCAUGCCUUCGUUCACUUGUGAAUCUGAUAAACUUUAUAAACAAUCGUAUCCACCGAGCUGUGUGACAGAUCUUGAUGGAAAUACCUGCAAAUAAAAGGUUUCUUGUCUCGUU